UGUGGAGGAACCGAAGAAAAAGACUGAAAAGCUAACAAAAGAAAAGAAAGAAGAGAAAAAUAAGAAGAAACAAAAUGUUGUUGAUUCUGUUACACCAGUACCACAAAAAAAGCAAAGAAACAAGUACAAAUCACUUGUUCAGCACCCAGAGGUGUCCAGUUCUUCAUCAGUCAGUCAGCCACAGGGACUGAAGGGCCACAUGUUAAUGUACAAGCCCCGUGACUACCUACUGGUCCGACAUGGUGUACAGUGGCAGGAUAAAGAGGAAACCUUGCCUGGGCUGGGUAAAGACACCAAAGGUUUGGAUAAUGAUUUGGAGAAACAGAUGGAGAGUUUUGCAUCCAAGCUAUUAGCUGAUGAGGUCAAAGUUCAUAACAAACAAUGGGAAUCUAAGAAGAAGUCCGAAGCUGGCUGGAUCAAAACUGUCCUGGUGUCUGGGACGUUGUCGGACAAGAUUGCAGCCCUGACACUCCUGGUACAGGAAUCCCCCAUCCACAGCCUCAACAGCCUCGAUAGUCUUAUCGCCAUGGCCAAGAAGAAAGGCAAGCGCGAGUGUAUGAUGGCUACUGAUACCCUGCGUGAGUUAUUUACCUCGCACCUGUUACCAGAAAACAAAAAGCUACGACAAUUUCACCAGUUUGACUUGAAUUCUAUAGAAGCCACAUCCGGCGGGAACAGGGACACCAUCGACAGGAAGCUGAUCCUCUGUUGGUUUGAAUCACAACUCCGGAACAAAUACAUAGACUUCAUCAAUGCUCUAGAU